AGGGGUAAGAGGUGGGAGAUUCCACUAGCGCAAACAUUUAAAGAAAAUAACAUUUUUAACCGUGAAAUUACGAAUUCACGUCGCAUCUGUCGGAUUAACUCGUUGUCCUUCCACGUGUAAAAAAAAAUCUCUUUUUUUAUUUUGUGUUUGUUUACAUUACUAAAACAAAUUCAUGGGUUACGGAAACGAGCGAGAGAUGGGAGUGGCAUUUCCUGAAUCCGAAGAAGCUCCGUCCCUUUAGCGCUCUCUCUCGCUCUCUCUUCUCUCUCUCCCCUCCCCAGCAAACAAUUGAACAGUUUUUUUCCUUUCAAUUCGAUCGACUUUUUUUAAAACCGGUUUAAAGAAACCGGUUAAGGAAAACCGGUUGGAAAUCCGAACGCAGCCACCACACAUCGCAAACGGGGGGGGAGAGACUUCGUGAAAUGGCUGCCGCGAUACUCGCCCGUCAACGGGCCGAGAGGGAUGAAGAUGGCGAUUGUGGAUUUAGCUUACACAGUGCCAGGGUCCACGAGGAUCUCGGGAAUGAGGAGUUCCGUAACCUCUCCUUGUCGGGCCACGUGGGAUUUGACAGCCUGCCCGAUCAGCUGGUCAACAAAUCCAUCAGCCAAGGAUUCUGCUUCAACAUCCUGUGUGUUGGCGAGACAGGGAUUGGUAAAUCCACCAUGAUGGACACGCUGUUCAACACGAGCUUCGAGGGCGAGGCGGCGUCGCACUCGGAGCCUGGCGUGCGACUCAAGGCCCAGGCCUACGAGCUGCACGAGAGCAAUGUGCGCCUCAAGCUCACGCUGGUGGACACCGCCGGAUUCGGGGACCAGAUCAACAAGGAGGACAGCUACAAGCCCAUAGUGGAGUACAUUGACGCGCAGUUUGAGGCCUACCUGCAGGAGGAGCUCAAGAUCAAGCGCUCGCUCUUCAACUUCCAUGACACGCGGGUUCACGCCUGCCUCUACUUCAUCGCCCCCACGGGACACUCGCUCAAAUCCCUCGACCUGGUCACCAUGAAGAAGCUUGACAGCAAGGUGAACGUGAUCCCCGUCAUCGCCAAGGCUGAUACGAUCUCCAAGAGCGAGCUGCACAAGUUCAAGAUCAAGAUCAUGAGCGAGCUCGUUAGCAACGGCGUGCAGAUCUACCAGUUCCCCACGGACGACGAGACCGUCGCUGAGAUCAACGCCACCAUGAACGUGAGUUGCUGCCCGUGCACCUAG